GUCACCGAGAUAAGUAUGAAGGGGCUGCAUAAACCCACAGCAUCUGCCCUGGCACUGUUCCUGGCAGCGUCCUUUGUCGUCUUCUCCUGGAGUGCCCCUCAGGAUCAUUUCCAAAGAAGAAACUGGACUCCUCAGGCCAUGCUGUAUUUGAAGGGUGCACAGGGACGUCGCUUCAUUGCAGAUGAGAGCCAGAGGAAGGACCUGUCUGACAGAGUGCAGCUUGAAACACGCAGCCAUAACACAAAUCCUUUAUCCCUUUCUGAAGCUGCUGCACUGUUCCUUACUUCCUUACAGAAAGCACAAGAAGUGGAAGAAGAAAACAGUGAACACCCUGGCUACUUGACAAACAGUCUAUUAAACUGGUGAAAUUAUUUAAAAUGUCUUUAACAUUUGUACAGCUUUGAACCUGAAAGCCUAACUUGUGUAAGUAAAGUGUUUCAUCCAUUCUCGCUGAAGCUCCCAAAGGGUGAGGUGUUUUCACAUUGCAAAAUUUUGAAUGCAAAGGGAUUAAAAGGUACUAGUUCAGAAAAGGAAAGCAUCUAUAAAGUUCCUGCUUUCUUUAGAGCAUUUUGUAUGUCCCAUCUGAAAUUUAAAAUACAUAGCACCGUCUCACCUGAAAAGAUAAUUAAAACUGUCUUUUUGGACAACUUCAUUAAAAAAUUUUUCAAUUGUCAUUGGGAAACCUUUUACCACCUUCCAUUCAGCUGAAUAGUGAAGCUGUUUCGACUCUGAUAAAGACAGAUUCCAUUACCACUUCACUGGUGGCCCUGUAGGCUGCUGAUAGUCAAUAAAUUCAGUGAGAUAUAAAAACAUUCCAGCUAUCUGUGACUGCAAAACUGGUGAUUCUUUUUUGUUUGUUUGUUUUCUUUUUUUUUUUAAUUUUUAUUUAGCAGGUAUCAGUCAGCACAGAGAACAGGCAGCAGCACUUAUUGCCCCAGUCCACUCCUGCAGAAAUACUCUGAACAAUCCUAUUGAGCAAGUCCCAGCACAUAAAGACAGUCUGGGGACAGGUCUUGCAUUAUCAGGGCCUCAUUAACAACUGCAUUGUGAUUCUACUUUUUUGUUCUUUUUUUCUGAGCUGCAGAACUGGAAUUAUGCAUAAAUCUGUUAAUUAUCAUUCUGUGCAGAUAAGGAUGUAUUAUUUAUGUAGUUCGGUCUUACUGGAAAGCCCUCUGUAGUUCUGAUGUAAUUAAAGAGUAGCCACAUGAUUUCUGUGUCCAAGUAACUGUUUUAUUUUUUUAACCUUCUAGUCAUGCUCUUCAUCUUUUAAAAUUUCCCUGAUCAUUCACAUUAUACUGCUGAUUAACUCACACUAACUAUGAUGCUACUUUACCUCAACACAAAGAAACACAGCUGAAGGAACAGAGGAAUUAAUUUGUUUCAUGGGGUUUGAGGCACUUUCAGUCAUUGUUUAUAACAUGUAUCACUUCAUGGAGGAACUGGUGAAAGCAGCAUCCUGUUUUGUUCAUUUUUAAGCACUAAUAUAUCUUCCAAUGGCAGUGUUUGUUGUAUGACAGAACAUUCAUGAUGAACUUCACCUCAAGACUAGUGGU